UACAUGCAGAAGGAAAAGAUGAAGAACAUGUUUCUUCUGCUCAUAUUAGCAAUGAUGCCACCUUCUGCAUUGUCAGGCCCCAGGAUGAAGCGGCAGACUGAUGUCUGGGGAGCCUGGGGGGAAUGGGGCGAGUGCAGUCGGAGCUGUGGUGGGGGAGUCAGUUUUCGGCAACGGCGCUGCUAUUCCCAAAGGACUGAAGGCAGUUCUGGUUGCAGUGGACCAACUCAAAGCUACCGCUCAUGCAAUAUUCAGAGCUGCCCAGAAGGCUCCCGAGAUUUUCGGGCAGAGCAAUGUGCAGAGUUUGAUGGGACAGAAUUCCAAGGAAAGAAAUACAAGUGGCUCCCAUAUUAUGGAGCACCCAAUAAGUGUGAGUUGAACUGUAUUCCCAAGGGAGAAAACUUUUACUACAGGCACAAGGAAGCAGUGGUAGAUGGGACUACAUGUGAACCUGGCAAGCGGGACAUCUGUGUAGAAGGAGUCUGUCAGGCCGUUGGCUGUGAUAACAUGCUGGACUCUGCCAAGAAGGAGGACAAGUGCCUGCAGUGUGGAGGAGAUGGCAGUACCUGCUACGGAGUGAAAGGCAAUUUUGAUGUAGCCAACCUCCCCAAAGGCUACAAUCAGAUCUUCAUCAUCCCCAUGGGAGCCACCAGCAUCCACAUUAAGGAGGUUAUGCCUAGCAGAAACUUUCUGGCUGUCAAGAACGUGCGAGGGGAGUAUUAUCUGAAUGGGCAUUGGACAAUCGGCUUCAGCCAAGCGCUGCACAUAGCAAGCACAGUAAUGCACUAUGAUCGUGGCUCAGAAGGUGAUCUGGCCCCAGAGCUCCUCCAUGCCAGGGGCCCCACCACGGAACCGUUAGUCAUUGAGCUCAUCAGUCAGGAGCCAAACCCAGGGAUACAGUAUGAAUACUACCUUCCAGUGCAAGAACAGAGCUCAGGUUACAGCUGGAGCUACAGUUCCUGGAGUGAGUGCAGCUCUGAAUGUGGAGGAGGUUUUCAGUCACGCUUGGUAUUUUGCACCAUAGACAACGAAAUUUAUCCCAACUAUAUGUGCAGGAAUAAACCACAACCAGAGAAUAACCGGACAUGCGGCCAUCAGGCUUGUCCCCAGACAAAACGGUGGAAAACAGGGGAAUGGGGAUCCUGCUCAGCUACCUGUGGUGGAGGCACCCAGACCCGCUCUGUCUACUGUGUGGCCUACGAUGGUCAGAGCUCCCAAGGGGUGGUGGAUAAUGCCGAGUGCAUGGCCUUUGCACAGCAGCCUCGCAGCAGUCAGCCCUGCAACGUGAGGCAGUGUGCAACCUGGAACACAGGGCCCUGGUCGGAGUGCUCAGCCAGCUGUGGGGAAGGUGUCCAGACCCGAACUGUCACCUGCAGAAUGCAGCAGGGCUCUUGGGCUCAGGACUUGGCUUGCCUGAUGGAGCCAAAGCCAUCAACCACCCAGCCCUGCCUUCGGGAGAACUGCAUCCAGGAAAUUGGCUGGCACGUUGGAGAUUGGGGCCUGUGUUCAAAAAGCUGUGAUUCAGGCAUCCGGACACGCCAAGUCAUCUGUGCUGACGGCGACUCCAAAUUCUACAGUCCUGAGACGUGCAAAGCCAUCCAGCCGCAGAAACCAGCCACACUGGGUAACUGCAACAUGCAGCCCUGCUACCUGCCACAGCAGGUCCCCAGUAUGCAGGACACUAUGGGAUAUGAUGUUACCCGCCAGUCCUUGCUGACACGUUACAACCCAAACAGCCCUGCCACAGAUUCUGGUGAUGAAAGGAUGCUCACUGGGAGCUCCAUGGUCCAUAGUGGCUCUGGGAAUCACCACAUUCAGUCUACCAAAGACCGUGGCACAAACUUCUUGCCUGUUCGCUGGGAAUCCCAGUCACGCUCAUCAAGUUCCCGACAGCUCAGCUUCCCUCAGGACCUCGUUGCAGGGACUGUCUCUCAGGACUGCUAUCGGAGCCCCCAUGGCUGCUGUCCAGAUGGGCACACUCCAGCUUCAGGUCCUUUGGGGAGAGGUUGCCCCUUUGGCACCUGUCAACAAAGCAGGUAUGGAUGCUGUCCUGAUGGAAUAUCAUCUGCCCAGGGCCCAAACAACAUGGGGUGCCCACGAUAUUACAGUGACGUUCGAGUGAACAGAAGUCAGCCCACUGCAGACUCUUCAACAGCAAGCCAAGCCUUGUCCCAGCAGCACUCCUCAGGUGAAUGCCGCAGUUCGAUGUACGGCUGCUGUUUUGACAACAUUGCUUCAGCUUCAGGCCCUCAAGGGGAAGGAUGUCUCAAUAGGCCCAGCUAUCCCUUUCCUGUCGUAUGCCUGCUGCCCAGUGCCCAUGGCCCCUGCACAGACUGGACCACUCGGUGGUACUUUGUGGCUGUUGUUGGCAAGUGCAACCGGUUCUGGUACGGCGGCUGUCAUGGCAACGGGAACAGCUUUGCCUCGGAGGAGGAGUGCAUGAGGACGUGCCAGGACCGUGCGGGAGUCAGUCCCCUGCAGCACCAGCACGCUGAUUCCCGCACUCGCACAGGGGAUGCUCAGGGCCAGCAGCAGCCAUCCCUGAGAGAGUCUGCAAGCAACAGCCCAGAAGGAAGAGCCUAUGGGGCUUCGCACCCCACACGAGACAGCCACAGGGGGGACAGCUGGAGAAGUGAUGUGCUGCCAGAGUUUUUGCCAAGGGCUGGCGUGCUGGACAGCCAGCGCUGGGGUGCCCAGCACGUUGAGGGUGGCGGAGAAAGGAGGCUGGGCCACCUGAGCCAGGAAACAACAGAGUCCGAGCGCUCAGGGAGGCAGAGCGGCGGUGGCCAGCAAGCACCGCCCCGUGAAGGCGAGCAGCAGCCUAAGGCAUCCCCAGAUUCCUUCCCAGCGCGAACUCUGCACAGAGCCAUGCUGGAGGAAGGCAGGCCCUCUCUUGUGACAGCAGUUGUGGGACAAAACAUCCAGCUGUUCUGCAAGACAGGCACGUUCCCCUUCUCCAGAGUGGAGUGGAUGAAGGAUGGGCGGCCGGUCUCCUCCGACAGGCACACCUAUCAGUCUGACAGCUCCUUGGUGAUCAGCCACAUCAAGUUGGAGGACACAGGGACUUACACGUGCCUCAUUUCCAACGGGAGGAUGGAGAGACGACAGAUUCAGUUACAGAUCAUAGAGUACCAGGGCGCUGUUCUGGCAGAGAGUGAGAGAGGUCAAGUCAUUCACAAGGAAAAUGAGCAACAUCGAGAGCGAUCCAGAGGCAGUAAAAUUGUACAGGGAGCCAGUUCCUCUGUGCAUCAACAAUUCACGUACAGAUUGCUGAUGGAUAAGAGCGAGCCCGCGGUGGUGGAGGCCGGUGUCGGGGAGAGAGUCAGACUGCCCUGCACGGUGGAAGCAUCGCCCAGUCUCACCAUUGAGUGGCAGAAGGAUGGGCAGCCCCUCUCCUCUCCCAGGCACAGGCAGCAGUCAGACGGGGCCCUGGUGAUCAGCCGGGUCAGCCCUGAAGACAUGGGCUUCUUCACCUGUGUCGCCUCAAAUGGACGUGACCAGGACCAGCGCCAGGUCUUGUUCCGACCUCUAGGAGAGCUGAAGAUCACCGGUCUUCUACCAAGCAUCACAGUAGCUGAGGGAGAGACUGCCCAACUUCACUGCACAGUGACUGGCAGCAAUGUGAAUAUACGGUGGUCAAGGAAUGGCGUCCCAAUGCGGGCAGAUGGCCACCACAUACACCUGUCCCGCGAUGGAAGCCUGAUCAUAAGCAACGUUCAAGAGGCUGACGAGGGAUCCUACACAUGCAGCGCUUACAGCAGCAGCAACUCUGUCAGUGCCAGCACGGAGGUGAAAGUGAGAAGGAGCAGCAGGCCUAGUGCAGCUGUGAAUCAUGUUGCGGACCUGAGCAGAGAGUGCGUGGACCAGCCACACCUCGCCAACUGUGAUCUGAUCCUGCAGGCCCAGCUCUGCAGUAACGAAUACUACUCCAGCUUCUGCUGCUCCAGCUGUUCCCGUUACCAACCACAGGCCAGCCCUCCUCAUCGCCAUGGUUGACAGACACCUCCGAGGCUAUGUGAAAGUACAGGUGACUGAUAACAAGACAGGAGCUCUGUCCUUUUACUGCCUAAAACCGUUUUGGGGAGCUCUGUUCUGCUUGAAAGCUUAAGAGGGUGAAUUUAACACUGUAGUGGGUGCAACUGCUCAAGGGUGGGAGAACCACCACCCUCAAGUGUAUCGCAAACUUCUUCCCCCCCCCCCCCAUACGGCUUGCAAUAGCUAAUCCAUCUCUUCACUUAACAAUAGCUGCUGUUACUCACAGAGCGAGAUGACACUGGGAACGUACAGACUCUGUGACUUUACAGGAGGCAGAUAACUAGCAUGAAAGAGGGAGAGACCAGUUGUUCACAUAAGCAAUCUUUGAAGUGUUCAAAGAUGGGCCUGAAAUGUCUUAACUAAAGCACAAAUCAGUGAGGAACAUUUGUAAUCCUGGGGAGCAGUUUCUACCUAAAUGCAGAAGACUCUGGACAUGUAAAAUUAGUUUUUGAGUUCUGUAGGGUUACUAAGAAUGCAUCUAUAAUGUCACAUAUUGUAGCUGUUUUGUUCUAGUACCUCUUAGAGAAAUUCCUGGUUGGGUCAGUUUGGCUCUACGUGAAUGUAACCCGCUUUGGAGUGAAAUGCAGAAGCCGCGUUUCACAAAAAACCUAAGACAAAAGAGAAAGAAUACUUUAGCCCUUUCUAAAUGGUAGGGAUAAUUUUGAUGAAUGUAACACUACUAUCUGUUCUGCUGUAGUUUACAUAUCACUAUCUCUAGGAAGGCUUUUUUUCUUUUAGAAGCCAGAACCGUUCUGUCAAACACGAUAGAGAUGGGCGCUGUGGUAGCCUCAUGCUGGGCUGGUGCUUGGAAAGGACAACAUGAUUCAGGGGCCAUUGGCUGCCCAGAGUAAACCUCCCGGUGAUCUGCUCCAGUCUCAGGUAGCUCCAGGAGCGCCAGGCUCUGCGCGUGGCCUGGGCUGAUGCCUGCUGUUACGAGCUAGCAGACGAGGGCUUCCGGAUGUAGAGCAGCCGUAGCUGAAAGGCAGCCGGCAUUUCCAGACCAACACUGGGUGACAGCUAGCAUGUAGACGUGGGUCUGAAAGAUACAUUCUCAGUAUUAAGGUGACGUGAUAUAAUUUGUUGAGCCAAGGAAGGCCCAUGGUGUCUUCAGCAUUUCACAAUGGAAUUGUAACUUAGGAGCAAAUGCAUUUUUUUGCAGCCUCGGUAGCAUUGUUUUGCCCUCACAUUAUUAGUCUUAGCGUUUCCUCCUUCCUCACUCCAAACUCCUGAGGCUUGGAUGGGUUAAUCAUACCAAUUAGCACCAUCAUCUAUUUAGUCUAUGUCUAGGUGUAUCUAAAACUAGUACACUGAUACAUACGAGUGGGUUUGGAGGGCUUGGAGGAGGGUUGGCUCUCUUCCCUCCCCCCCAUUUCCUUUAAUUUAAAGCUCGUAAGGAAGGAGUCUAAUUCUGGACUAUGAUCACACCGCUCUCUUCUCCUUCAGCCCAGAAUCAGCACUCAGGGCAGCAGUGAUACAGAGGUGUAAAUCCCCAGGCUUGACAACCUAAAGCCGGUCUGGAAUCUAAAUCCAGUAAAUCAGUUCAGCUGCAUCUAAAAAUAAGAAUUACUAACCUGAUGAUUGCGCUCUUUUCAGCACAGGUAUCUCUUCAGGAUUGGACACCAUACUUUAAGAUGUGACCACACUAAAAAAAAAAAAGUCUAGAAGCAAUCCUGUAAAGGAGUGAGAGGGGACAGAUUUUUUCAAAGCAAGAAUUUUUUUUGAGAGGUCAGUGAUAAAGUCUGCUUGCUGGAAGGCAGAAAGUCUUCCUUUCCAGUGAAGAUCAAUUAAUUUGGUUAUUAGGAAAAUAAGCUGCAACUCACAGGAUGGGUUACAUUGUGAGUUUGUGACGUUGCCAUUAUUUAAUGAGAUAGUCCUGAAAUCAAUUCUACUUGCAUAUGAUGUUCAUAAAUUUGCAUUUAACAUUUCAAAACAGCAAUUUUUUUGUUUUCUUUAUAGAAUAUUUGACUCACUCUCUAGUAUGACAUGACCUUCUGAGACAACUGCUGUAAUAAAAACCUUUGUAUUUACAGUCUUAGUGAAACAGGGCUGAGACCACUGAGCUCAUGCGACCCUUCCCAAGAGUGGGGCUAGAGGUAGAUUACAGCUGUAUUUACCCCUCCGCCUUCCCCCCCAACACCCAUUUACUUUACCUGAACAUGAGCAGUCAUUUCUGAGCUUCCCUUCCUACUUUGUCAGAGGCUUUUUUAAAGUAAGAUUUAAAUAGUAUGCGCACAUUCAGCUUUCAGUUAAGCUGCAGAGUUAGUUACAGACAUAGAGGCAGGGAGCUCUUUCUCCAGACUUCUGAGCACUCUAAUGGCCACCUGCAGUCUGGUGGACUGGACUCUAAUUUCAUGAUGAAGGGGUUUUGGUUAAGUAAGUGAGCAUUUAUUCUCUAACUUUCUGUUGAGUAUCUAUGGUAAUAAGGAUUGUGUUUGAAGGCAUGCAGUUCACUGUACAUGCCACUGCUGUAAUAGUUAAAUAAAAGGUCUUUUCCUUUAUUUUUUUUUUAUUUUUUUUCCCUCCCUGUUUGGCAAGCUGAGAUUUUUGCCUCUCUGUAAUGUCACUAACUGCCUAACUGGCUGUUUAUUUUUUUUGAUUUGUGUAUCAGACUGUUACUUUCCUUCCCUAAACAAUGGUUUGUAGGAAGAACAUAUUUCCCUUGCUGUUGUCGUCAGGCAGGGAAAAGGUGUAGAUAUACUGGACUAUUUUUUGGAUGGUCUUUGGGCACUGCUGUGAAAGACUUUGGGGCAGGGGGGGAGAAGAAAACAAACAAUAUAUAGCUUUCUGUAGUCUUAUAUAUGUCAGCUCUCCACGCAUGUAUGACUACAACUAGAUGUUUGCUUUUCAAAAGCUGAAAAAGCAUCAGUACUACCUCAAAUACCACCAGGAGUACCGGGCAUUACUAGUCGUGCCGCUGAAGACGGGGAUGCUUAACGCAAGAGCCGAUACAGCAGCAAGCCCCAGCUCUCCCGACCACGUCACUGGCUGUCAUUGCACUUGCCUGGAGACAGGCACUGCUGGCAAGCUCGUAAGGAAGGAAGCGUUUCUAAAGGGAAGGCUCAGAAAUGGUCCCCUCGCUCCCGUUAACCCCAUGUAACUAUUCACUCCCCUCUCAGGAGAGGUCUGGCUUUUCUCUAUACCUAAACAGUUUGGUGCACAUAGGAAUGCAGCGUGAUGCAGCCACAGCAAUAGGGUAGGUGCAGCAGGUUACUGAGCGAACUGAAAGGAGGGAAAACACACCGCCUGCUCACGUGGCUAUUAGGAUCUUCUUCACUCCUUUUAAUACCAGGAGAAAGAAAAGCAAAAGGAGCUUUCUUCUUCCCCUGUUUGAACGUUAGUGGCUUUGUGGUUUUUCUCCAAGUAAAUAUUCAGCACUAGAAACUUCAGCAAUGCAAACCAGAACCUAGUGGUUUCCGUCAGCCCCACCUUUUUGGAGCUUUAAAUAGCACGGAUAACUGCAAGUUAGAACUUUAAGACCUAGGUAAUGUAAUAUGGCUUACAAAAAGAAAGAGAGCCAUUAAAAUAUCAUUGCUAAGCUUCUAGGCUGGCAUGCAGUUUGUCUUUAUUCACCUAAAAACUCAAAAGGACCAAUCCUGAAAACCAAAUGGGGAAAAAUAAAGCUUUCACAGACAGUGCUUCUACCACCAACAUUUAUUUCUGUUAAAGCAGAUUAUAAAUCAUCAGUACAAAUAUAUAUAUAACUUACAUUUGCUUGUAAGGCCAAAGUUUAAAAGUAAAGUUAAAAAUGAGAUGGAUUUCACAAGUCACCAGAGGCAGAACCUGGACCAGCUGCAACCUUAACCACAAGGUUUCACAAAUCAGUGGGGGAAAAAAUUAAAAUCCUCUAAGAGCUAUUGACAGACAAACAUAAAAUGGGUUCCUAGGUAGCCCCAGGUUGUAGAUAUGAUUACAUUAAGUUGUCACAGUAGUGUUUGUUAGAACCAAUAGAUUAAGACAAGGAAACUGCAGUGAUACAUGAAAGAAAAUAAACAUACUAUAUAUAAUAUGUAGCUUGAUUCCAAUAAAAAACAGUAGAUUUUUUCCCCAUGGGUUUCAAACCAUGACAAUACUGUCCUUUAAUUUUCUUUAUUUAAAACUACGAUAUAAUGACUUACUGGUUGUGAUUGUUGUUGCAAUAUGCUACUUACAAUGAACAGAUACAAGAACAAGCUAGGGCCCCUUUCUUCCCUCCCCCCGCCCCCAAAAUAUUACUUACAAUAAGAAUCAAUGAUAAAGCAAUCUUAUGUACAAUUUCUUACAUCCAACCCCCCCCUUUUUUUAACCUUUGGCAAGAUUACUUACAACUCAUACAGCUUUUAAUAUCCAACUAUUUAAAAUAUUCUAAACGCAUAAAAAUAAAGAUUUUGGCUUUACUUUAUUCUUUAUAUAUAAUAUUCACUUUAUUACUCAAAAUGGAAGCUCAACUUUUUCCACAAACCUAGCUUUUGCUAAGCAGGUGACAAUCUCCCACCCCUACUCCACCCCCCCCUCCCCCACACACACCUCUUUCCCGGGGGCAAGGAGCCGAGGUGGGGGGCAAAGUCCAGCGCUCACGGGGCAUCAGAAGGAUACAGGUACAGCACUUGUCUUCCUCUCUGUGAGAUCAUUGAUGUUUCUGCAGAACAGGCUUCAGGACUGGUGCCCUUCUUGGCUCUGUUUGACUUCCAGGAGGGAGAAGACUGCAGGCUGGGGUGGCUUCAGGUCUCCUCUUGAGAACGGUGCAUUAAAUUCUUUGUGUGUUUAUAUCGUCUCCAUGAUUGUUCCUUCUUCCUAACCCAUUUUCAUUUGAAGGGACUUAUUUUUUUGGAUUAUCAAAGCAAACUGAUCAGAAACAGUCCCCUCUGCUCCCUUUAUCCCUCUAUACUAAUAUACAACUUACCCUCCCUUGCAGGACUGUUUAAAGUUCAAUCUCAAAUGUUUUCUGUAAAUCACUUGAGAAGGGGUUAGUUGGAGAGGGAUUAGUGCGUUGCUUCGCCUUGCUCUCCAGUGCUGCCCACUGUGCUUCAAAUGGGUCUACCUGUGGAGCAGCUGCAGGAGGCUGCGAAUGCUUGUCCUCUGCAGCCCAUUUGCCACCAUCCACUCCAUUGAAAGCUGCAGAACCGUUAUGCUGCGCAGGUGGCUUGAAGAAAGGGCUGGUUGUAGCACUGUUGGUUUCAUACUGCGGGAAUGUCUGCUGUUUAACAAGACUGGGCGACUGAUGGGCUGCUGGAGUGUGACUUGCAGUACCAAAGACAUUGGCCACCAUCUGGGAAGGCGUGAUGCCAACCACAGGUACACUUGGAGCUGCAUAGGUCAUCCCAUUCGCUACAGCGUAGGGCUGAGCUGGAAUAAAUGCUGGCUGCAUGGGCGGUACCACACCAACUGGCACAGGUUGAGGUGCAAUGAAGGUAUUCACUGGGAAAGCUGGUGCAGACUGGGAAGUUGCUGGAGGAGGUUGUAGAAGCGGCUGCGGGGCUGGCGUUGGCUGCUGUUGGGCUCUCACAGUCUUUGAGACCUCUUCCAACCAGCGGUCUGCCUCUGAGGGAGUACGUCUGUGAUUUCCCUGGAAGAGACUU